GUGACAGACCAGCAAUCUCUAUCAUCAAAGUAGAUAACCACCAAAUUGCAUAUCAGCAGCAAUACAGAAAUGACUGAGGCAAAUUCUACCGGAAAUAAUUGCGGCAGUUAAAUAAAAAUGUUGUCAUCGAAGGUUCAGUUUCGAAUAAGAAACACUUCAAAGCCGUCUCUGUGAUCCCCUUGAGCAAUUCGUGUUCAUCUCAGUAUUUGUCUCCGUCUGCUGGCUCUUAUGUUCAAGUUUGGGAUAGCUUGAUUACUCAAACACUGUUCUCGUUGAUUUUUGUGUUGGGCACUUGAAACAUACCGACCACCAAGAUCGUUUUUCAACUAAUUUAUUGCUCCGCCACUUUUAGUUAUUGCUGCUUGAUUGCUUUUGGGAUGGUGGGAGUCUUGAGUUUUUCAGUUUGCGGAUGAUCAAACUUGGCAAGCAAUCACCACCAAGAAAGAGCAGCUCCCCACCAACUUCGGUCUGCGUCCUCCAACGGGGCAUGCCGUCUUAUGAGUUUUAAAGUUGAGAUCAUGGUUUUCUGAUUGUUGACGUUUUGGAUCGGAAGGGCCGUGGCUGUGGUGGAGACUGGGCGAGAUGGCCAUGGCUUCCACUGUGAAGCUGGUUUUGGGCGUCAUUGCUUUCGCUGUUUUCUGGGUUUUGGCAGUCUUCCCCGCUGUACCUUUCCUACCCAUUGGAAGGACUGCUGGGUCCCUCUUCGGGGCCAUGAUGAUGGUUCUUUUCAGAGUCAUCACUCCCGAGCAAGCUUAUGCAGCAGUUGACCUCCAAAUUCUAGGCCUUCUUUUUGGAACCAUGGUGGUUAGCGUUUAUCUUGAGAGGGCAGACAUGUUUAAGUAUUUGGGCAAGUUGCUUUCAUGGAGGAGCAAGGGAGGUAAGGAUUUGCUGUGUAGGAUCUGUCUGUUCUCUGCUGUAGCUAGUGCAUUGUUCACAAAUGAUACUUGUUGCGUAGUUCUAACAGAGUUUGUACUCAAGAUUGCUAGGCAAAAUAAUUUGCCCCCUCAACCAUUCCUCAUUGCUCUGGCUUCAAGUGCCAAUAUUGGGUCAUCGGCCACUCCAAUUGGUAAUCCACAGAACCUAGUUAUCGCAGUACAAAGCGGGAUCCCUUUCGGAAAAUUCGUGGCUGGAAUCAUUCUUGCUAUGAUUGUUGGAGUGGUAUUGAAUUGCUGCGUUCUGCUUUCAAUGUAUUGGAAGAUAUUAUCGAUUGAGAAAGAUGAGGAAGAUGCAUCAGCUGAAGUAGUGGCGGAGGAGGAAGUUCAUUCACACAGGUUCUCACCAGCUACUCUGUCUCAUUUUGAAUCACCUGCCAAUGCAGAGGACGUCGGUUCUGGCUUUGAUGGCUUGGUUCAGCAAGCGGCUCCAAGUGAGGGUGCUGGCACUGGAGCAGAUCUUAAAUUGAGUCAUUCAACACCAGUCGACAACACAACUGUGCAGUUUUCACACAGUAGCUUUGAGCGAGAGAGGAUUUCAAACGCAUCAAGGGAUCAGUUAGGUAGCGUUGCAAUUAAUCACGAAAGAGAUGAGGGAGUUUCUUCACGAAGGUCAUUGAAGACUUUUAUACAGAAUCGGGCAAAUGGAGAGGAUGGUUCUCCAUCAGUCCUUUCUUGCUCUGAUGAGAAGGGAGGUUUUAUUGACAAAUGGAAAGCAAUGUUAUGGAAAACAUGUGUUUAUCUUGUCACUCUAGGGAUGGUCAUGUCUUUGCUCAUGGGAUUAAAUAUGUCAUGGACAGCAAUUACUGCAGCAAUUGCUCUGGUGGUUCUUGAUUUCAAAGAUGCACGCCCAUGUCUUGAGAAGGUGUCCUAUUCCCUUCUGGUAUUCUUCUGUGGUAUGUUUAUAACUAUUGAGGGAUUUAAUAAAACUGGAGUGCCUAGCACUUGUUGGGAUACUGUGGAGCCAUAUGCACGAAUCGACAAGGUCAGCGGGAUGGUGACACUUGCUCUUGUGAUUGUAGUUCUAUGCAAUUUUGCUUCCAAUGUUCCCACUGUUCUCUUGUUAGGCAGUCGAGUGGCAGCUUCAGCAGCAUCUAUUUCUAGCUCUAGUGAGACAAAGGCUUGGUUAACGUUGGCAUGGGUCAGUACUGUAGCUGGAAACUUGUCACUUUUGGGCUCAGCAGCAAACUUGAUAGUGUGUGAGCAAGCACGUCGGACUCAGGCAUUCGGAUACACACUCUCAUUCUGGACGCACCUAAAAUUUGGCGUCCCUUCCACACUUCUUGUUAUUGCUGUGGGCUUACCUCUUAUAAGGGGUUGAUGUUGAUCCCCUGCAAGGUGUAUGAGCGUAAUUAGCACUUUGGAGCUACAAAUUUUCUGCUCAAGUAGUUGUUCAAAUUAAGAGAUCCACUGGGUCAUAGUUCAUAUAUUAAAGUUCUUAUUCCAUCGCCGCUGAUACAUACAUCAGAGAUGGAAUUACACCUCGCAUUUGUGAACUGCAGUUGAACAAUAAUGGUUAUUGAUCCUGAGAAGGUCGUAUCCUUCA